AUGAAGCUCAUUCGGGUCUGCAAUCCGGACAUCCCAACGCAGGAAUGGAGGUAUGUCAAAACUCUCACCAACAAAAAUAGCGCAGAAGAAUCGAAAGAGCAGAAGCGCGCCACCAUGCAGGCUCUCCUGCUCCUCACAGAGAAUUCAAUCGAACCAUUAGCGAAAUGCGAUGGGCAUCUGAGAUACGGUUUUGUAAAGGUGAAACUUCACAUUUACAAAACAGACACAGAUGCAAUUGAGUUCCUCGCCACUAAGGAAGGUGAAAAGCACAUGGGCGAACUAGAACCCAUGAGCGAAACCGAGCCAAUGAGCGAAGACGACCGGCCCACCGAAGAAGAAUACGCCUCUUCAGGCUCAGAAAUGGGCUUAGGGAGGCUGUACUUCGAACGGGAGGAUAAACCUUCAUCACUGUAAAGAAGCCUGCCUUGCCCUCCUGGAGCGUCUGGCAGAAGAUCAGCCGGACGUAGUCCUCAUCCAGGAACCCUGGGUACGGAAUGGCGAAAUCUGCGGU